CCAAUGUAACAUGCAAUUAAAACGUGAGGGGUCAAUGUGGUGCCGUUCGUGUACCGUUUGAUUUCGACAGGGUAAUCCGCUGCCCAGCUCAUAUAAGUGCAGCGGGAAGAGCCUCUGUGCCCAUUGAAUUCUCGCUUUGCUCUCUGCUGUUCUGAGGUUCACUCCGCCCCCGUGUGCUUUAGGCUGGCGGCGCUGCUCUCCUCUCCAAACUCAGCGCGCUCCACUUCAUCUCUCCUGCCGUGUGUCUGCGUACAGACGGAACUACCGACCGCGUAAAUGUGCUUUUAUCUCUCAACAGACCAACAAUAACGACGCAGAUGUCUCCGCUAUUCACUUUAGGAGCUUUCCCGUAGUGAACUGAACUGCUUUUAAGCUAUAUUCAUCUGAGCUCCAUUUACUCAACGUUUUAAAUGAAAAAUGACAUCGGCGUGGAGUUCUGGUGGACCCCUUUGCUUGAAAGUGUGGACGUGCUUUUUCAGUCUUGCAGUGUUCAGAACCCAUUGUAUACCGGCUAAUGAAGUGAACUUGUUGGACUCUCGCUCAGUAAUGGGAGACUUGGGGUGGAUAGCGUACCCAAAGAACGGGUGGGAGGAGAUUGGUGAGGUUGAUGAGAACUACGCUCCUAUUCACACCUACCAGGUGUGUAAAGUGAUGGAACACAACCAGAACAACUGGCUGCAGACCAAUCUGAUCGUCACAGAGGGGGCCCAGAGGGUGUUCGUGGAGCUGCAGUUCACCCUGAGGGACUGCAACAGCCUGCCGGGGGGGGUGGGGACCUGCAAAGAGACCUUCAACAUGUACUACUACGAGUCCAACGACGAGGAGGGCAGGAACAUCAGGGAGAGUCACUACUCAAAGGUGGACACCAUCGCCGCCGAUGAGAGCUUUACAGAGUUAGACCUGGGGGACAGGGUGAUGAAGCUGAACACAGAGGUGAGGGACCUGGGACCUUUGACCAAGAAGGGCUUCUACCUAGCGUUUCAGGACCUGGGUGCCUGCAUCGCCCUGGUGUCUGUCCGCGUCUUCUACAAGAGGUGUCCGUCCGUGGUGAAGAACUUGGCUCAGUUCCAGGACACCAUCACGGGGUCCGACUCCUCCCAACUGCUGGAGGUGGCGGGCAGCUGCGUCAACAACUCUGUGGCAGAGGAUCUACCCAGAAUGCACUGCAGCGCUGAAGGGGAGUGGCUGGUACCCAUUGGGAAAUGUGUGUGCCAGGUGGGGUUCGAGGAACUGAACGGCAGUUGUCAAGAAAUCGAGACUCAUCAGACCAGGCAACAUUCUUCCAGUCUUCAACCGUCCAAUUUUGAGUGCAGACUGGGUUUCUUCCGGUCGGUGCUGCAGAACCCGACCUGCAGUAAAUGCCCCCCUCACAGUUUCACCAGAGUUCAGGGUGCCACGUCCUGCAGCUGUGAGGAAGGCUACUACAAGACGGACACAGACCCUCCAAACAUGGCCUGCACACGGCCACCGUCUGCUCCUCGGAAUGCAAUCUCCAAUGUGAACGAGACGUCAGUGUUCCUGGAGUGGGCGGUUCCCGAGGAGACGGGGGGCAGGAAGGACGUCCGCUACAACAUUCGUUGCCGUAAGAUCAGCGUGGACAGCCGGCGGUAUGAGGAGUGUGGCAGCGCGGUGCGAUUCCUGCCACAACGCAGUGGCCUCAGAGACAACUCGGUCAUGGUGGUGGACCUGCUGGCCCACACCAACUACACCUUUGAGGUGGAGGCCAUCAACGGAGUGUCGGAGCUCACCAACCCCGGGAGACAGUUUGUCUCUCUCAAUGUCACCACCAACCAAGCAGUUGAUUUUGUUUUAGCUCCGUCUCCAGUGAGUGUGGUGAGAAAAGGGAAGUCUGGGAAGAACAGUAUCUCCCUGUCAUGGCAGAAACCAGACCGUCCCAACGGCAUCAUCCUGGAGUAUGAGAUAAAGUACUUUGAGAAGGACCAGGAGACCAGCUACACCAUCAUCAAGUCCAAGGAGACAGAGAUCCUAGCUGACGCUCUGAAGCCAUCAUCGGUCUACAUCUUCCAGAUAAGAGCCAGAACAUCGGCCGGCUAUGGAGGGUUCAGCCGACGCUUUGAGUUUGAGACCAGUCCUUACUUAGUAGCCGCAUCCAGCGAUCAGUCUCAGGUCCCCAUCGUGGCUGUCGGCAUCACUGUGGCUGUUAUUCUGCUGGCCCUGGUCACUGGCUUCCUGCUCAGUGGAAGGCGCUGUGGCUACAGCAAGGCAAAGCAGGAUCCUGACGAGGAGAAGAUGCACUUCCACAACGGGCACAUCAAGUUCCCAGGGGUGCGCACAUAUAUAGACCCCCACACCUACGAGGACCCCAACCAGGCCGUCCAUGAGUUCACUCAGGAGAUCGAUGUCUCCUGCAUCACCAUAGAGAGAGUCAUUGGAGCAGGUGAGUUUGGUGAGGUUUUUGUUUGUCUCUCUGUCCCAGGUGAGUUUGGUGAGGUUUGCAGUGGGCCACUGCGUCUGACUGGAAAGAGGGAAUUUCCAGUGGCCAUUAAGACCCUAAAGGCGGGAUACUCGGAACAACAGAGGAGGGACUUCCUGGGGGAGGCAUCCAUCAUGGGACAAUUUGAUCAUCCAAACAUCAUCCACCUGGAGGGCGUGGUCACCAAAAGUAAACCAGUGAUGAUCAUUACGGAGUUCAUGGAAAACGGAUCACUGGACACAUUUCUGAAGAAGAACGACGGCCAGUUCACUGUCAUCCAGCUGGUGGGGAUGCUGCGAGGCAUUGCGUCCGGUAUGAAGUAUCUGUCUGACAUGGGCUAUGUCCACCGUGACCUGGCCGCCCGCAACAUUCUGGUCAACAGCAACCUGGUGUGUAAGGUGUCCGACUUUGGACUCUCCAGAGUCCUGGAGGAUGAUGCUGAGGCCGCGUACACCACCAGGGGUGGUAAGAUCCCGAUUCGAUGGACGGCUCCGGAAGCGAUAGCGUUCAGGAAGUUCACCUCAGCCAGUGACGUGUGGAGCUACGGCAUCGUCAUGUGGGAGGUGAUGUCAUACGGAGAGCGACCCUACUGGGAGAUGAGCAACCAAGAUGUCAUCAAAGCAGUAGAAGAUAGUUACCGCCUCCCUGGACCAAUGGACUGUCCAGCAGCUCUGUACCACCUGAUGAUGGACUGCUGGCAGAAGGAUAGAAACAGCAGACCUAAGUUUGAGGAGAUUGUCUCUCUGCUGGACAAACUGAUCAGAAACCCCAGCAGUCUCAAAGCCUUGGUCAACUCAUCACACAGAGUCUCCAACCUGGUGGAGCCUGGCACCGGGAGCGUGGAGAGCAGUAUGUACGCCUCGGUCGGCCUGAGGGAGGGCAGUGGGCACCAGUCGGUGGGGGAGUGGCUCGAGGGCAUCAAGAUGGGUCGAUACAACGAGCUCUUCAUGGAAACAGGAUACACCUCAUUGGAGGUGGUGGCUCACAUGACCCUGGAUGAUCUGAGGAGAGUUGGUGUGAACCUGGCUGGACAUCAGAAGAAGAUCCUUAACAGCAUCCAGGAGAUGAGGGUUAGCCUGAUAAACGCCACUGUACCCAUCUGACCUUUGAACUCUACAGUCAGAUGGGAUGAAUGCUACCUUACCCAUCUGACCUUUGAACUUUAGGGUUAGACAUGAUGAACGCUUCUGUACCCAUUUGACCUUGACAUCUAAGGUCAGACUUGAUGAACAAUGCAGUCUCUGUCUGGCCUUUGGAUCAGACAUUAUGAACACUACAGGACCCAUCUGACCUUUCAACUCUAGGGUCAGAUAUGAUGAGCACUACUAUACCCAUCUGACCUUUAAUAUCGUCCCCUAAAGCUUCCAGACAGGGGGUAGAUAGAUAUGGAAGCUAUAGUACCUGUAUCUGAUCGUACUCUCAAUGGACAGACAUCUUUUGGUCUGUCAGGCCUAGCGUAUUCUACGACCAUGGGUAAAGGUUUGGUCUGUCAGGCCUAGCACGUUCUAUCUCCAUGGGUAAAGGUUUGGUAUUUCAGGCCUAGCAUGUUCUAUGGCCAAGGAUUAGGGUUUGUCAGGCCUAGCACAUUCUAUGACCAUGGGUUAGGGUUUGGUCUGUCAGGCCUAGUAUGUUCUAUGACCAAGGAUUAGGGUUGGUCAGGUCUAGCACAUUCUAUGACCAUGGGUUAGGGUUUGGUCUGUCAGGCCUAGUACGUUCUAUGACCAUGGGUUUGGUCUGACAGGCCUAGCACAUCCUAUGGCUUUGGGUUAGAGUUCAGCCUGUCAGACCAAGCAUGUUCUAUGACCAUGUGUUCGGGUUUGGUCUGAUAGGACUAGCACUUUCUAUGAACACGUAAACAUGAACUAUUUAUCGACUCAAACAACCUAAAACUCAAAGGGAAAAGACUGAGGAACACUGAAGAGCGUCGGGAUUUAGAGUACACCUGUGACAACCUCUGCAGACCAAGUGGGAGGUGCUGACUGACUCCUUCUACUCUGCCAGAGACGGUGGGAAGUCCUGAUUGACUCCUACUCUGCUGGAGUAAUGGAAGGGUCUAAUGUGUUCCUCCCUCUCUGUUGGUUGUAGAGGGAGGGACUGACAGACUCCUCCCUCUCUAUUGGUUGUAGAGGGAGGGACUGACAGACUCCUCCCUCUCUGUCGGUUGUAGUGGGUGGGGCUGACAGCCUCCUUCCUCCAUGCUGGUUGAAGUGGGAGUGGCUGACAGACAGGUAUAGUGAAGUAGAAUCCGGACGUAGUAGUACAGUAGAUUCAGGGAUGGAACUGAAAGACGUUUGGUGCUGGCCAGCCAGGACGGUAGGGACAGAACUUGCAUGAAAAACUUUCAGGUCCAAAAUAUGUGCCAUGGGAUUUUAGGGAAUCGAGGAUUUCACUGGCCUGUCUGGUUAUUUGGCUCACUUUCUAUUAGUCCAGUCUGAAAAGAAGGAGACUUGUGCCAGUGUGAUGUACAUCCCUGAGUAUGCUACCUGGAAUGGCCACAGACAGAGGAAGCCCAGUGGGUCUCUGGCUGAAUGUAUAGCACUUCAGACCUUCCAUCUCAGCUCAGACAAAAACAUUCUAUUACCUCUAUUCAUUGAACAGAACCUACAUCACAUCAACAAAAUAUUCUACAGAACCACCAUAUAUUCUACAGAAUCUACAAACAAUCUCAAGAACUUUCAGACAAACUACGGAACCUUCAGCACAACAAGAGCACAUUUAUAGUAACAUCAUAAUUCUACUAGAGCGCUCAAUAGUACAUGACCGUUCCAACAGAUAAUACUGACAUUCUGCAGAAUUCCACAGAACUUACUGAUACACGAUACACGUUCCACCGACAGAACCUUCUGAAAUCUUUCAGAAUAUUUAGACAACCAAUGGAACCUCUUGUAACAAGUCCUACAGAACCUUUAACAGAAAACUCAGCAAACGUUAUGCUUCUGAACAUUCAUUCAACAGAAUCUGCAGUCUUCCAGAACCUCAAUGUAUUCAGUAUCUAAUGAUUCCUAAGAUUCUACAGACAUCCAACAGGAUCUUUUGCAUAUUCAAUAUUAUACACCUACGCUGCUGCACCUCAUUAAAGAAACUGGACAGUGUUUAUGCUGUAAGAUGGAUGUCAUACAUUAUGGGUUCAUUUGGUGGGGAACUACUGAGUAUUAAAAAGCAAUAUACAAUUUUGGCUUGGUAUUAUGAAAAUAUUUGUAUCUUUAAUUUAUUAAUAUGAUGUACAUGUGUAGUUUUUCUUUAUGCGCAGACUUCAAGUCUUAAAUAAUGCAUUACAAAGAAGUCUAGAGUCAAAACAGCAUCCAAAAACACCUGUCCAUGAAAUGAGUACUUUGCUAACAUGUAUAUAAUGUAUAGUAGAAAGGACAGAGUUUGUUUUUUAUCCAUCUUCUUUACGUGGGAGAUAUCUGUAUGUGAAUGGGUUCAUAUAUGAUGUUUACGCUACGAUGUAAUGCUUUCUAACAAUUUCUCAAUGCUUCAUCAAUUGAAUUUGGGCGUUUUACAGUUGUGUGCACAUAACUACUGCUCAAGAUAAUUAUUUGUCCGUGAUUGCUCUAUAUGCAUUUGUUGUGGGUUGUAGGAAAACAAGAUUGUAUGAUUAGUUAAGCAGAGGUUAUACCAGACGGGAGAGAUGUUUAUCUCUUCAACUGUUGUCCUGAGAUUCAAGAGGAAUGUACAAGGGACAGGGAGUAGUUGAUGGACUAUGUUGGAAUAUGUGUCCUUCAGAAUUAUAUUUGAGAAAGCGGUCAGCCAGGUACCGUAACAUGAAUCUUCAGUCAUUGGUAAAAAGUGUCCUUUUAGGAACAGGAACAAAAUCCUUUAUGUCAUUCUAUCGUCUGCAUAGUUUAGAGUAAAACAUUUGACCUGGGUGCUCCAUAUUUAGGUCCACUAUUGUUCCCAGAGAAGAUAUGUGCAGGGCCACCUACAGUAUCUUACAAAAGUGAGUAUACCCCUCAAAUGUUUCAAUAUUUUGGAAAUACUCAAAUAUUUACACAAAUGUGAGGGGUGUACUCACUUUGUGAGAUACUAUAUAUCUGAUGUUGAUUGAUUCAGUUUGCUUGUAUCAACCAACAAAUCACCUUGGUAUGAACCAACAAAUCACCACGGUAUCGACCGACAUGGCACACUGGACAUAGCACAUUGGUAUCAUAGCACAUUAGGGCCUAUUUACACUAUGAUAGUUUUACCUAGUUAAGAAUUUGCGUUGUCUAUAUAUUUUUUAUAAAUAUUCGAAGCAGGUGAACAUUUAAAAUGUCAGCUUGUCAAUGUCCGUGGUAUUCUUUCCCCAUAGAUACCACCCGUGGUUCAGUUCAGCAAGAGUAGAAUGAUCUGCUCAGUCCAUAUAGCAGACAGAGAGGACAUAGGAUGUCACAAGUUGCUUCCUUCUGACAUAAUUAGCUGGCUGGCCAACUUCAGAGAUGUUUAGAAAGAGCCACAUCCUGCACACCUUAACUCUCACUCACAUUGCUUCUAUAAACAUCCUGUUGUCGUCUUGUCAGCAUGUUUUCUAGGUAAUAACUUAUUUAGAUCAGCUGUGCACAUUGCCGCAGCUUGCAGGAAGAAACUGCUUAUUGGCAAAGACGAUGUUAGUUAGCCUAACUAGAUACAAAGGAAACAGCAGCUAGCAGGUAGCUAACCUUGUUAGUUCAAUGUUAUGUGAUCAGCACUGGUCAACAGCUUCCUGAGCCCUAUCCCUCUAAGGUUAAUAUGAGGUUUGACUGUCUGGCUCAGCUAUAUUGCAAUCUAGAAGGCUAUCCUAAUGACUGUUGUUAAAUGGAAAGAAAUCUGGCUCGUUGUUAACCCACAAAACGACACAGUUAUGCAAUGCCGUUUUGUACUUCUGUGUCAAAACAUAAGCGUCCAAGAACACUAUUUGGCAUGAAAGCAAUGACAAGAAACUGAUGUCAUUUUCAAUUUUAAGAUGGAUUUAGUAAUCCAUGUGACUAUAGUAAUUUGCUAUUUUAUUGAAAUUAAACUUCAGUUAAGUAACUAAACUGAAGAAAAGCAACUUGUUGACAGGGCAAGGCGCAGCUCCUGCACGGUUCUGAUCUGUAAGCUUUGUUGGUGUGACACGUUCCCAUUGCAAAUGUAAAUAGAAAAGUGUAUCGACAUUCUUUGUAAAUGUUCAUUAAUUGGAAUAUCAUUACGAAAACUGUUGUAAUUGUGAAUAGGCCCUUAGUAUAAACCAAAAUAGCACACUAGACAUAGCGCAUUGGUAUAUAUCGACAAAGCACCUUUCUAUCAACAAACAUAGCAUAUUAGACAGAGUACACUGGUAUCAUAUGACAUAGCACACUGGUAUCUGAAGAGAUAGCACACAGGUAUAAGAUGACAUAGCACACUGGUAUCAGAUGACAUAGCACACAGGUAUCAGGUGACAUAGCACACAGGUAUAAAAUGACAUAGCACACUGGUAUCAGAUGACAUAGCACACAGGUAUCAGGUGACAUAGCACACUGGUAUCAGGUGACAUAGCACACUGGUAUUAGGUGAUAUAACAUACUGGUAUCAGGUGACAUAACGCACUGGUAUCAACCGACAAUCCCUCUGGCAUGGGUAAUUGGUUUAACUGCACACUUAAUAGUGUGUAUCUGUCCCAAAAUACUGCCUAUUCCCUACAUACUGCAUUGUCUAUAGGCCCUCAGAAGUGCACUAUAGAAGAAAUAGGGUGCCAUUUGGCAUUUUCAAUUUCAAUACAAUGUGCUGUGGUUCCUCAAAAAAAUGAGUUUUCCCUGACUACUAUAUUUUACUGAAGACUACGAAUGUCUUACAACUACUCAAGUUCAUCAUGAAACUAAUUUGAGUUGCACUUUAUGUGAGACAACUUAUUGCCCAUUAUUGUGGCUGGAAAAACAUUAAAGACUGUUUGUAAAGUGA